AUGGCGACGCGGGCGACGGACGCGGGCGACGCGGAGGCGGUGAGGACGCUGCUGGCGAGCGCGAGGGACGACGAGGCGCUGGGACGCGCGCUGGCGAUCGGGGACGUGUGCGCGAUCGGGGACGGGACGGUGGCGUGCGAUGAAAACGGGAGGGUGGUGAAGAUACGGUUGCGCGGACGAGGGCUGCGAGGGAGGCUGCCGGCGCGCGUGCCGAGGAUGGAGCGGUUGACGACGUUGGACGCGAGCGAUAACGCGCUCGAGGGAACGAUUUCCGAGGAGUUCUUGUUGGCGAUGCCGAAUCUCGUGGAGCUGCAUUUGAAUUUGAACACGCUCGAGGGACCGAUUCCGAAGUCGAUCGGGACUUUGACGUCGCUCGAAGUCCUGAAUUUGGACGGCGGCUUCACAGAGAGACAGAGACGAUUCGACGCGUCGGUACCCGUCGACAAGCGCGAAGUGUACGGAUUUCCGGGGGUUCACUUUGGCAAUCAACUUUCGGGCAGCGUUCCCGCAGAAAUCGGUAAUCUCGUCAAGCUCAGAGAGUUGAAUUUGCACAGAAAUAUGCUCGGUUUGAAGACGGAUCGUCUCGCUCUCCCGGCGAGCGUCGGGAAUCUCGUCGAACUCGAAUCCAUGGACGUGUCCGGGAACCAACUCCACGGCGCCAUUCCACAAGAGCUCGCCACACUUCCACGCCUUCGAACGUUAAAUCUGGACGAUAACUUCAUCAGCGGGUUUAUACCGAGCGACUGGUCCUCCGCCCUGGCGCUCGAGUCCUUGAUCGUCGAAGGCAACUUUUUGAGCGGAACUUUACCUCGAUUCCUACCGCGAAACUUGACGUUCCUCGACGUGCACGAAAAUUUGCUUACGGGUUCGAUCAACGAACUUUCUCGGCUAAAGCGGCUCGAGGGCGUGCUGCUCGAUCGCUGCCGAUUCACGGGUCCGGUGACUCUAUCCAAGGCGUCUCUGCCGAAUCUCAAAAUGAUUAGCCUGGCAAACAACGCUGGGCUUUGCGGUGCACUUCCAGACUUACCAUUCGCCACGAAGGAGCAAAAGGAAGCCGAGUGCGACAAACCGUGGGAACUUUGUCAACUUUGGCCGGAAACAGCGGGCACGCUUCUCGGUUUGGGGUCAUGUCAAUGCGCUGCGCCAGGCGAAGGCUGUUCCAUCUGGGAACUCAGCGGAAGGAAAGAAACGUGCUGCGAGGAAGGUACGUGUCUCAGCGUUCCUUUCGAGUUCGGUGGGAAGCAGUGUGUGCCAUGUUCAGACGCGUAUCAGAAAUGUGGUGGGAAAUCUUUCGACGGCCCAACUUGCUGCAAGCGCGGUCUAACGUGCACUCGAAUUGACGACGACAGGUCCGAGUGCCUGCCCUGUAACGCGCAGUGGGAGCAGUGCGCCGGCGCACUUUACGACGGACCCAAGUGCUGUGCGCCUGGCAACUCUUGCGUGUACUUUGAUGCGUAUUACUCGCAGUGUCAACCUUCGUCGGUGUUGUUAUAA